AUGGAAAUAGAGAGACAAAGUGAAGAAAGUGCAAUGGUCAAAUAUUAUAAACACAAGAUAGAUGAAAUGACAUAUGAGUAUUGUACAGAGUUACAAAAUCAACGACGAUUAAUUUCUAAAAGAAAUCAAUUAAAUGACCAAGUAAGACGAAUGAAAGAAGAACUUCAAUUAUUAUCAGAACCGUCAUGUUCAGUUGGGGAAGUUAUACGAGCUGUAGGAAAAGAUAAGGUAUUAGUUAAAUCAACACAAGAAGGAAAAUAUGUUGUUAAAGUCGAAGCAGGAAUUGACAUAAGAGCAUUGAAACCCAACCAACGAGUAGCACUAAAAAGUGAUACAUAUAGUAUUUGUAAAGUUCUUCCAAAUCAAGUAGAUCCAUUAAUAUCAUUAAUGAGAGUAGAAAAAGUACCAGAUUCAACAUAUGAUAUGAUUGGAGGAUUAGAUCAACAAAUUAAAGAGAUAAAAGAAGUAAUUGAAUUACCAAUCAAACAUCCUGAAUUAUUUGAAUCACUUGGAAUUGCACAACCCAAAGGUGUAUUAUUGUAUGGACCACCAGGAACAGGCAAAACAUUAUUAGCAAGAGCUGUAGCACAUCAUACGGAUUGUACAUUUAUUCGAGUUUCAGGGACAGAAUUAGUACAAAAAUAUAUGGAGAAGGAAAUAGAUUCUAUUGGAUCUAGUCGAAUGGAAGGAGAGUCAGGAGGAGAUAGUGAGGUUCAACGAACUAUGUUAGAAUUAGUUAAUCAAUUAGAUGGAUUUGAACCAACAAAAAAUAUCAAAGUGUUAAUGGCAACAAAUCGAAUAGACAUUUUAGACCCAGCAUUAUUAAGACCAGGACGAAUUGACCGAAAAAUCGAAUUUCCUAAUCCAAAAGAAGAAGCACGUUUAGACAUUCUUAAGAUUCAUUCUAAGAAGAUGAAUUUAGUUCGUGGAAUCGAUCUUAAGAAAAUUGCUGAACGAUUGGAUGGAGCAUCUGGAGCGGAGAUUAAAGCAUGUUGUACCGAAGCAGGUAUGUUUGCACUUCGGGAAAGAAGAUCUCAUGUAACACAAGAAGAUUUUGAAUUAGCUGCUGCUAAAGUAAUGAAGAAAGAUAAUAACGCAUCUAUCUCAUUACAACAAUUAUGGAAAUAA